GUGUGUCCUCGAGGGCAGAGGACUGAUGACAACAAGAUCUGUCGCGAGUGCGUCGGGUCCCCAGAGCGCUAUGACUGGCUCUACCUGGGCUUUAUGGCCAUGCUCCCCCUGGUUUUACACUGGUUCUUCAUCGAGUGGUACUCGGGGAAAAAGAGCUCCAGCGCGCUGUUCCAGCACAUCACCGCCUUGCUGGAGUGCAGCGUUGCAGCCGUGGUCACCCUGCUGGUGAGCGACCCCGCGGGCUCCCUGCACAUCCGUUCCUGCAAGGUAAAGAAGCUUUCGGACUGGUACACGAUGCUCUACAACCCCAGCCCGGACUACAUCACCACGGUGCACUGCACUCAUGAAGCUGUCUACCCUCUGUACACAAUUGUGUUUAUAUACUACGCCUUCUGCCUUGUUUUAAUGAUGCUACUUCGACCUUUCCUGGUGAAGAAACUCGCCUGUGGCUUAGGGAAGUCUGACCGCUUUAAGAGCAUUUACGCAGCCCUUUAUUUCUUCCCGGUGCUCACGGUGCUGCAGGCGGUCGGAGGAGGCCUGCUCUAUUAUGCCUUUCCAUAUAUCAUACUGGUACUAUCCUUGGUUACGCUGGCUGUGUACAUGUCUGCUUCUGAAGUGGAGUCUUUCAAGGAUCUUCUUGUCAGGAAGAAAAGACUUGUUGUCCUCUUCAGCCACUGGUUACUUCACGCCUAUGGAAUCAUUUCCAUUUCCAAGCUGGAUAAGCUCGAGCAGAACCUCCCUUUACUGGCCUUGGUACCUAUUCCUACGCUCUUCUACUUGCUGACUGCCAAGUACACGGAGCCAUCCCGCAUCCUCGCGGAAAGUGGAAAUGGACAUUGAAGAGCCUGUGCCAACAACGCUGGCCUCAUAGUCUGGAUGAAGCAAGUUCAGUUCUU